UUUAACUGCGCUUGUAAAACGAAUGAGAGGAGCGACGCAAGUGAACAUCUGGAUCUAAGAACUACAAAACCCCCAUCAUGUCUUUCAACGCAUUUACAUUGACCUGCGUCUACGAGAAGACUUCAGACCCGAGAGACAAAGACCGAUUUAAUAUUCAGUGUGUGGAAUGCUACCACCCGAACAUCUACAUGGGAACUAAGCAAGGAACUGUCCACCAUCUCCUCAUCUCCAGUGUUCAUCCAAGCUCCAACCAGACCUACGCCAAAGAGGCCAGAGUGAAGAAAUUCUCCAGCUCUCCUGUCAACCGGAUCCGCCUCGUACCGAUCUACAACCAUCUGCUCGCCCUUAGCAACCGCACCGUCACAGUUCUUAACAUGUUCUCCUUGGAGACCAACCCGAGCUUCAAGAAGAUCCAGAAUGUUUCUCAGUUCGAGCUUUCACAAGAAGAAGACAAAGUGCAGAUGGUCACAUGCUCCAGUCAAAAGAAGGUGAUCAGGGUGCUGGCCGUCGGAGUGGAUCACUGGGAUGUUUUGAAGGAGAUCCCUCUGGCCCAGGAGCCUGUGGAGCUGGCGGUGGAUGUGUGCAGUGCGUGUGUGUGUGUGGGCACCAGUGAGCAGUACCUCCUGUGUGACCUGCACACCGGCCACAGAGAGGCGCUGUUCCAGCACGGCCACAGCAGACUGCAGGUCCUGGUCAGCGCGGUGGGGGGAGGGGAGUUCCUGCUCAAUGGGCCUGGAGGGCUAGGCUUGUUUGUGUUGGCGUCGGGAGUGUGCCAGCGCCCGCCUCUCCACUGGUCCCCGGAGGUCCUGGCAGCGUGCAUGUGCCCCCCUUACGCCCUGAGCCUGCAGGCCUGUGAGCUGGUGGUCUACAGCCUGUUGGACCAGCAGUGUAAGCAGACGGUCAGUGUGAGGGGGGCACUGGGGAUGGUGCCUACAACAGAUGGAGCGGUGGUGUUCACAGACAGGUCGGUGUACACUGUGUGGAUGUCUCCGGUGCAGGAGCAGGUCCAGAGGCUGGUGGAGCAGGAGAGGCUGGAGGAGGCUCUGCUGCUGCUGGACUCACCGCAAGCACACGCAGUGGAUCCACACAGGGAGCUGCAGAGGAGCGUCACGUGUCAGGCUGGGUUCCAUCACUUCUUCCAGGAGAGGUUUAGUGAAACCACGCCCCUGUUCAUUAAAGGUGAAUUAGACCCCCGAGAACUCCUCCACCUCUUCCCCGACCUCCACGCCACUCUCCCGGAACACUUCCACCCCCAAAUAGACCACCACACCAGGGCUCAGGACCUCCGGGAGCUGUGGCGCACGGACCCCGACACGAAGCACCGAUACCUGCGCUUCCUGAUCGAUUAUCUGCGGGCGGUGAGGAGCAGAAGCGCGGAGCCCGACCUGUGGAGCGGCUGCGGAGCGGAGGAGGUGGACUGCGCCCUCCUGUGGCUGUAUGUGCAAACUGCGGACAGCGACGGUCUCGUGCAGCUCGUGGCCAAUCCAAAUGCGUGCGCGCGGGAGAGAUGUGAACCCGUCCUGACGCAACACAACAGAUUUUUUGCCUUGGGUUUUCUCUACCAAAGCCAUGGAAAAUAUGAGGAUGCCAUACAGAGCUGGGUGGACCUAGCAGAGGGGGUGCACACAGACCCCUCCUGUCCCCUAUCCCACUCAGAGGUCCUGGAGCUCGUAGUGUCCACUCUGAGACAGCUGGAGGACACAGAUAUUGUAUGGAAGUAUGCACCAUGGAUUCUGCACAACAACCAGGAGACAGGUGUACAGAUCUUUACCAAGCCUCCAGCCCAAGCCCAUUUCCCCCCAGACCAGGUCCUGCCUCUACUGGAAACAUACCCACAAGCCCGGAUCAAGUAUUUGGAGUUUUUAAUACAUGAAACAAACAGUGAGGAGGCGGGACAUCACACACAUCUGGCCCUGGCUUAUGUGUCCCAGAGUCUUCAGAGCCAUGAGGACACAGAGACCAGAAGGAAACUGCAAGACCUUCUAUGGGAGUCACAGUGUUACGAUGUCUCUACUGUGUAUGAUCAAAUCAAACCCACAUCUCUGCACAUUGAAAAAGCCAUUCUUCUGGGUCGUACCGGGGACCACCGAGGAGCCCUGAGCCUACUUGUCCAGGACUGUCCCGACCCCACUGCGGCAGAGGAAUACUGCUGCAGGCUCUCCACAGACAGAAGCUUCCAGACCACACAGGAACUACUGCUCAACCUGCUGAACAUCUACCUGACCAGUGAGGGGCGCUCUCCGGCCGCCCUGGACCUGCUGCAGAAGUACCCCCAGGUGCUGUCAGGGGAGAAGGUUCUGGAGGUCAUGCCUGAGUCCUGGUCUGUGCAGCUCCUCUCCGGGUUCCUGGUUGAGUCGAUAAGGGAGAUGUUUCACCAGAGUCGCUUGAAGAAAGUGCAGCGAGCUUUGGAGCAGGCACGGCUACUCAGGCACAAGGCAUUCUGGAUCCAAGCCUCUAACACCAUGUUGAAACUGGACGGGAAACAACCAUGUUUGUUGUGCCGUAAACCUGUGACCUCGCCUCUCUUUGUCCACACGCCCUCUGGUGGUCUGCUACACCUGGACUGUGCAAACAACUCUGGCACUACACCUCCUACAUGUACUGUACCUAGUAGUGUCAAGUAACCCUGUACUCAAACUUCAAAUGAAAAGUGUUUGAAUGAAUGAUUGAAAGUUGAGUCACAGUGACAAGACAGUAGAAUAGUACUUAUAGUUGUAGUAAUAGUAGAUGGAAAAGUGGAAGUAGUUAGUUUAUUACUUCUCUACUUAUGUUGCGGUAUAUUUAAUAGGCACCUGGUUAGUAAUAUCUUACUUAAAGAGGGGGUAUUAUACAAAAUCUUUUUUUUUUAGCUUUCUACCAUGUUAUAAAGUUGUUCCCUCAUCAAAAAAAAUGCCUUAAGAGGUUUUAAAUGACAUCCAUGCAUGUCUGAGUAAUCUAACGAUCUCUCCCAGGCCCUUUUCAAAUUCUCCCUAUGAUCAGCUGUAAAGUUCUGUCCAAUGCACACGCCUAAGUCACCCACGCUCCCACACGACAAUUCUCCAUAAAUGUACAAAAGCAGGAUACAAAACAAUACACUACGACUUCACAAACCUGAUACUAUGUGCAGUAGUUUGUGUAGAGAGCAAAGGGAGGGGAGUCUCAGAGCGUCAAAAAUGAAAUUGAAACUUUGACAUUUUUACUCCUG